CCCGUUGAUCGGCCUACACUCACUGCCCGUGCCCGUAAAUCUCGGGCAACUCUAAGUCCAGGUAUCGUCAGUCUCUCAAACACAGCUUCUUCAACUCUUCGUACCCUCCAAGACUCAACCAAAGUGUGAAAGAAAGUACCAAAUCAGAGAGACAUCCACAUCUACAUAUAUAUAUAUAUAUAUAUACAGACUUAUAUAUAUAACAUCAUUCGUUUUCAUUUACUUUCAACACAAUGUUGUGAAGAAGACAUCAAUCGGGAUUAUAUAUUAUAAGUGGAGUCAGAGUCAGUCGUUGCUCUGAUCUUCAAUCUCGAGUUAGUUGGUUUUGUGUUUCGUUAUUGAUUUCUAGGAUAUAAAAUGUGGAGACUUGCUCGAUCUGCGGUGGCAUCAAAUCUCCGUCGGUCACGGCGGUUCUCGACGGCUAUUCCUGGUCCCUGCAUAGUUCAUAAGCGUGGAGCAGAUAUUCUUCACGAUCCGUGGUUCAACAAGGACACUGGCUUCCCUUUGACAGAAAGAGAUCGGCUUGGCCUCCGUGGUCUCCUCCCACCUCGUGUGAUAUCAUUUGAGCAGCAAUACGCACGAUUUAUGGAAUCGUUUCGGUCACUAGAGAAAAAUACACAAGGCCAACCAGAUAGUACCGUGACCCUUUCAAAAUGGAGGAUCCUGAAUAGACUGCAUGACAGGAACGAGACACUAUACUAUCGAGUCCUUAUUGAUAACAUUAAAGACUUUGCUCCGAUAAUAUACACUCCUACAGUAGGAUUGGUAUGUCAAAACUAUUCAGGUUUGUUUAGACGCCCACGUGGAAUGUAUUUCUGUGCAAAAGAUAAAGGGGAGAUGAUGUCCAUGAUCUACAAUUGGCCCUCCCAUCAGGUUGACAUGAUAGUGCUGACGGAUGGCAGUCGUAUCCUUGGCCUAGGUGAUCUGGGAGUUCAGGGAAUUGGAAUAGCCAUUGGAAAACUUGAUAUGUAUGUUGCAGCUGCUGGUAUCAACCCACAGAGAAUACUCCCAAUUAUGCUUGAUGUUGGUACUAACAACCAAAAGCUUCUUGAUAAUCCUCUAUAUUUAGGACUGCGGCAACCUAGGUUGGAAGGAGAAGAAUAUCUAUCAAUUGUUGAUGAAUUCAUGGAAGCUGUUUACACACGUUGGCCCAAGGCUAUUGUGCAGUUUGAAGAUUUUCAAAUGAAGUGGGCUUUUGAGACGCUGCAACGGUAUCGUAAAAGGUUUUGCAUGUUCAAUGAUGACAUACAGGGAACUGCUGGUGUUGCACUGGCUGGACUACUGGGAUCUGUAAGAGCACAAGGGAGGCCAUUGGCCGACUUUGUGAAUCAAAAGAUGGUUGUGGUUGGAGCUGGAAGUGCAGGGCUUGGUGUUUUUAACAUGGCCAUGCAGGCUGCUUCAAGAAUGGCAGGAACAACAGCAAAUCCUCAAUUUUUCUUGCUUGACAAAGAUGGUCUCAUCACAAAAGAGAGGAAGAAUAUCGCUCCAGCAGCAGCACCAUUUGCUAAAGCCCCAGGAGAGAUUGAAGGAUUAGGACUCAGGGAGGGAGCUAGUCUCGUCGAAGUGGUCAAAAAGGUCAAGCCUCAUGUGCUUCUUGGUUUAUCCGGAGUUGGAGGUAUCUUCAAUCAGGAGGUGCUUAAUGCCAUGAGGGAGUCGGAUUCCACAAAACCUGCCAUUUUUGCUAUGUCAAAUCCUACAAUGAAUGCUGAAUGCACUGCCGUAGAUGCUUUUACACAUGCUGGAGAAAAUAUUGUUUUUGCAAGCGGGAGCCCAUUUGAAAAUGUUGAUCUUGGGAAUGGAAAAUUUGGUCACGUAAAUCAAGCUAAUAACAUGUACCUGUUUCCUGGGAUUGGUUUGGGAACUCUUCUCUCGGGUGCUCAUUUUAUUUCAGAUGGAAUGUUACAAGCAGCUGCUGAGUGCCUUGCUUCUUAUAUGACUGAUGAAGAUUGUCAAAGGGGCAUCCUGUAUCCAUCAAUCAACAGUAUUCGACACAUUACUGCAGAGGUCGGAGCUGCAGUGAUGCGAGCAGCUGUUGCUGAAGAGUUGGCAGAAGGACAUGGCGAUGUAGGACCAAGAGAGCUAAUGCAUAUGUCAAAGGAGGAGACAGUUGAAUAUGUCACGCGCAGCAUGUGGUAUCCUGUUUACAGCCCUCUCGUCCAUGAGAAAUAAGGCUCCAAUCACUGGCCGUCUCCCUGCCCACCAUUUUCCUCUGGACCAACUCCUUCCCCAAGUUCUGCAGUGAGUCGUAUAUUCAUGGUCCCUGAACUUGUAAUUUCCGAUUGCAGAAUUGGAAUUGAAGCUCCUUCAAUUCAAACAGGCCUUUGUGUUGUCAAUGUCUUGAAAACCAUUUUUUUUGGGUAUCUUUUGGAGGUAUCCUUGUGGAUGGUCGAUAUGAUUAAAAUGUAUUCAAAAGGGCUGAAAUUAAAUCAUAAUGAAUGAUUGCUACUUUAUUUAGUUGAA